AUGAGCAUUGAUACCAGUUUAAAUGACCAUUCAACGGCACAACUGCAGAUGCCUGAUCCUGAAACUGAAAAGCAGGACACAAAUCCGAGUGGCAAUCGGAAGAAAAAGUUGUUCAUAAUCGUCGGGCUUGUAUCAGCAGUUGUCGCCACCAUUAUUGGUUUUUUCAUUUUCUAUUACUUUUUCUCAUCUCCAGGCUCAACGCCAACAACUGCUCAGAUGGUUCAGGACGGCUCCCUUUUGUUUACUCAAGUUAUUUUCCGACAUGGAGCCAGAGCGCCAGGAAAUGAAAAACAAACGGACACGAAGUUCUUUCCGCGAGAUUAUGGACAACUGACAGACCAAGGAUACAAUCACUCGUUCAUGAUGGGUAGAUUUCUUAAAAAACGAUAUGUUGACACUGGAUUUUUGAGUUCUUUCGUGAAGCCGAAUGAGAUGGAAUGGAGAUCACGUGACAUAAAUCGUUGCUUGAGUACAGCUUCUACCGUUGCCGCUGGAAUGUUCAAAACAGAAAACCAGAUUUGGUUGACUGUUCCCAUAGUAACAAAUCUUGGUAUAAACGAUGUACUAUUAAAUCUCCCCAUUCGAGGAUGUAACUUCACAAGAAAUUCUAGAAUAAAACAAUGUCCGAAAACUGAAAAAGUGAACAGAGAUGAAAUGUACGCCGUAUUGUACGAAUGUAUGGGAGGGAAUCAUUCAAUAUUUCAAGAAAUAAAAAUAGAUGACUGUGACAGAUAUAUUAAUGAGUACAGGAACCAUGUUCCGGUGCCGGAAUUUGUUCGUGAUAAUUUCAAAACAAUUUCCGAAGAAUAUCUGAAAGUUCGAAAUUUUCAAAACGGAAUCGGGAAUCGCAAAAUGAUUAAAGCAAGAUUUGGAUUCCUUGUGCAUACACUGUUGGAAAACUUAGUAAAUGCCUGGAAACACCAUCUAGCUCGUAUAAAAAGUUUGAAGUUUAAAGUUUAUUCAUCGCAAGACUGGUUAUUGGGAGGAGUUCUAGAUGCAUUUGGUGUUCUUGAUCAUAUUCAAUCAAAAUCCAAAGAAGAACCAAACUAUAAUACAAUGAUUAUUAUGGAAUUGUGGAAGAAAAAUGGAAAACCGAUUGUAAAGUUCUACUAUAAACCGGAGGAGAUUACUCUUGAAAAUCAUGUUCUGCAAGAUUUGACGGAUAUCAUCCCAGGAUGUUCUGGAAAAGAGUGCGCAUUGAAGAAAUUUAAAAGCUGUUGCAACGAUACACGUGGAGAGCUGGAAGAUCUUCAAGAGCUAUGUGAUUCACGGAUUUGAAAACUAUUGGAACCUGUUGAACUCGAGAUCCCAAAAUAAAUAUUUCAUUAU